AUGGGAGGGAGUGCACAGAAUAAGAGAAUCGCCAUCAUUGGCGUCUCUACCUUCUUGCUGGUAGCUAUGGUGGUUGCGGUGACUGUUAGUGUAAACUACAAUAAAGGUGGAUCCGACGAUGAUCCAAAAGGGGGGGACAAAUCCCACGUAGCAUCCUCGGUAAAAGCUGUGAAAACCCUUUGUGCACCCACAGAAUACAAGAAGGAAUGCGAGGAUAGUCUGAGCCAAAACGCUGGCAACACCACCGACCCAAGAGAGCUCAUAAAAAUUGCGUUCAACGUAACCAUCAACAGAAUCGGUGAGGGAUUGGAGAAAACCCAUCUCAUGCAAGAGGUAGAGAAUGACCCUAUGACCAAGGAGGCACUCGACACGUGCAAGCAACUCAUGAAUCUCUCCAUCGCCGAGUUCACAAGGUCCAUCGAUAAAUUCUCAAGGUUUGACCUCAACAACAUCGACAACAUCCUCACCAGUUUGAAGGUUUGGCUAAGCGGUGCAAUCACGUACCAAGAAACAUGCUUAGAUGCGUUCCAGAACACCACAACCGAAGCUGGUCAAAAGAUGCAGGAUGCCUUGCAAACCGCCAUGCACAUGAGUAGCAAUGGCCUUGCUAUCAUCACCGAGCUGUCAAAAACUCUCGACGAAAUGCAUGUUUCCAAACCUGGUCGUCGCCUCUUGGAGGAUGUUGCGGAUUUGCCUGUUCUUGGACACGACGACUUUGAGCUUCCCGAGUGGGUUGAUGAACGUGUUGGUUUCCGUAAACUCCUACGUAUAACGGGACGAAAACUCAUGGCACAUAUAGUUGUUGCCAAGGAUGGUUCUGGAAAUUUCACGAGCAUUGGCGAGGCUUUGAAACACGUGCCCACGAAAAACCUUAAGCCUUUUGUUAUUUACAUCAAGGAGGGCGUUUACAACGAGUACGUCGAAGUCGAAAGAAGCAUGACCCAUGUCGUUAUGAUUGGUGAUGGUGGUAAGAAGACAAGGAUCACUGGCAACAAAAACUUCAUCGAUGGAGUUGGUACCUACAGAACCGCCACUGUUGCUGUUCUUGGAGAUUACUUCGUUGCCAUUGGUAUUGGAUUUGAGAACUCAGCUGGAGCUGAAAAGCAUCAAGCAGUAGCUUUAAGGGUUCAAGCUGACAAAUCCAUUUUCUACAAAUGCCGAAUGGAUGGUUUCCAAGACACCCUUUACGCCCACGCCAUGCGUCAAUUCUACCGCGAUUGCAUAAUUUCAGGAACCAUCGACUUUGUCUUUGGUGAUGCAGUGGCUGUUCUCCAAAAUUGCACUUUUGUGGUCCGAAAACCAUUAGAAAACCAACAAUGCAUUGUGACAGCACAGGGUAGGAAAGAGAAGAACCAACCAUCAGGUAUAAUCAUCCAAGGUGGAUCCAUUGUGUCAGACCCAAAAUACUACCCAGUUAGGUUCGACAACAAAGCCUACUUGGCUCGUCCAUGGAAGAAUUUCUCAAGAACCAUUUUCAUGGAUACCUACAUUGGUGAUUUGAUCACACCCGAUGGUUACAUGCCAUGGCAAACACUAGAAGGUUUAAGCGGAAUGGACACUUGUUUCUAUGCUGAGGUCAACAACCGUGGCCCCGGUUCAGACAAAAGCAAGCGCGUACAAUGGGAAGGAAUCAAGACCCUCACAUCAGAUGACGCCAAGAAAUUCUUACCAUCAAUAUUCUUCCGUGGAGAUGAUUGGAUUAAGGUUACUAGGGUUCCUUACUACCCUGGUGUGGCCUCUCCUACUCAUAGAAAUUGA